UUUGUUUUAAGCCACUCGUACAAAUAACAUGUUUUUAUAUGGAGGAUGAGCCCAAAAAGUUGCAAUAGUAAUGAAAUAUAUAAAUGUGUUGAGAUAAAUGUUUCUAUUACUUAAUCACUGAUCACAAUUAUACAACAAUGGUCGGAAGUUCCGUUUUGAUUUGUUAUCUCUCUUGAUUAGUUCCCCAUCCGUUCAAGUACCCAAAAGUGGUGAAGCAUGUCCACGUAGGACCAGAAAACAGUUAUGGAAAAGGUCAGUCCACGCUUGCAAGUAAUAAUUUUACUCGGUUCGCAGUUAUAUCCCUCAGAAACACUGAUCUCAUCAGUUACUUGACACUGUACUAUUUACUUACAUUCCAUAUUUACCGUCCACUUUGCCUUUAUCGACGUUAUCUUACCUAACUGAGUUUUUUUUGCAGAAAGAGAAAUAAAUAGAAAGAAAAACAUAAUUCAAAGGAGUAAGUCAACGAUUUCAUUGUUAUAUCGUGUCAUGUGACUUCUAGUUAGCCAAUGAGUGCCAUGCAUUCUGGGAUACAUUUUCAGCUAUAAAACAAUACUUGUCAAUUUUUUUUCCGACAGUUUUCUUUUCAAUGCCUGUCGGAGCAGAGUUGCCACUUUAUUACACUCAUAAACAAGGUAUGAAUACAAAAUAAACAUUUGCUCUCUUUAUUAUUUUGCCAGGCCUGACAGCAUAGUUAUCUAAAUAAAUACGCAAUAAGUCUUUUCAAAAAUAUGUAUUUGCUUUCAACAGUGAUUUAUUCAUUUAAUUGGCUUUCACUAGCUUUAGUCAUUUUUCAGAUAUGUCAAGUAUUUGAUUAAAUCCUAUUAUUUCGUUGUAGCAAAUACACAUAAAAAGAGCACGGUGGCUUCUUCUGAAGGUAAGGGAAUUGCACAAGUGGGUAUUCGUUGUUACCUUUCAGAUGCAUGAUGUCAAAGGUAAUUGAAUAAAUAAGUAUUACUUAAUGUUUCUUGAGCCCCUGACGUUUAAGCAAACUCAUACUUUGCCGUGCUACAAGGGAGGAGAAAGUUCUUGCAACUUCAUUUGAGUUUGUCAGUGAUACAGCUAAUGUUCUUUUCAAGACUACAGGGGUGAUAGGAAGCCUGUUGUGCGCUCUACCAUUUGAAACCUUCAAAAAAGUUAUUAAACAUCUGCGAUUGGUUUGAGUGGUCACUUACGUUUUUAUCACCUGUACCUAUAUUCUGUUUUAUCAGCUGCUGACAAUGAAGGCAGUAGAUAUUUCUCAGAGGAAACAAAUGGUCCCUUCCGGUCAAACACCUGGGGACCACAACAGCCAAUAGGUAAGUCUUAACUUUUUAUGAUGUAACCAGGAGCCAAUAACCCGGAGCAAGCCUUCAGUUCUCCUGUGCCCAUGCAACAGCGUUCUCAUUUAAUAUCUUAUGUCAAGAUCGAUAUUUCCGUAUACUUUAAAUGUCAAAUACAAAUCAGUCAGCACUAGAUACGAAAAACUAGUAUUGCUGAUGUUUCGAUGCCAUAUUAAAUACUCCAAAGUGGUGUUAAAAAUAAACAGCGCUGUGGAAAGCCGCUGCACAGGCUGGAAGCAUGGGGGUUGCGCCGGUUUGUGGGCUCCUUAUGUAACCAAAAAAUAUUAUAAUGUGCCCGAAAACGACAGCCCAUGAUUUAUAUAGCGUUUUCACAUGACGUCACGUCGGCCAUUGGUGGAGCAAAACAAAGAAAGGAGGCCAUGUUGGUUGUUGGUUGUUGGUUGGCCAUGUGGCAGUGAAACUUUUUUUCAUGUAAAAACUUUCUUUGUCCCAAGAAACUAACAUAGCUACUUAUCACGAGAGUAAAAAUACUCUGGAAGCUAUUUCAUGAUGCUCUUGGCCGUCGGAGCCUCCUAAGAGUCCCGAAGAAAUCAUUACGGUAACACUAAGAUAAAAGUCUUUCGUGACUGACUUGUGGUCAUUUAAGUCAAAUGAGAGAAAGUAAAAUUCCCCAUUGUGUGUUGAUGUUGUAUUCCAGAAGGAAGAAAAUUAAUUCAGCAUUUAACAGAAUACUUGGAGGCAUUAUACCCACAUGAAUGUAACAAUUUAAGAUGCCAUUGCUAGAGUUCUUACUUUGCUUGGAAGGAAAAGGUGAAUUCACUUUUGUUUUGCUUUUCCGCAGGAGAGAACGAAGAGCUUUCAGAAAUAGAAACAAGGGCAAUAGCGAAACAGAACUUGCUUCCCGGUGAAGGCGAGUAAUAAAUUCCUGUGAUGUCAGCAAUAAACAAGAUAUAUGUCGAUACAAUAAACGCUACUAACUUCUCUCUCCUAGUUCAAUUUAUUUCAAUAGGACGCGGGGGCCUUUUGAAUAGAGGAAGUCUAAUUUAGCGCUACACAUACCUCAUCCCUCACUUGAGAAAAAUAUUUAAUUUGUCGACUAAGAUCAAGUUUAACCCUUUUAUUAAAUAUAAAGAGGUUGUAAAGAGGAACUUGUGCUUCUUAGAGGUUUGGGGAAGGGCUUUAGUAUAAGUAGUUUUACUACAGAUGCAGUCAAUUCUUUCAAGUUCAAUCUUCGUUUCGUAGGACCAGUAGGAUACCAUGGAAUUGGUGGACAAUAUCUCCGUCCUCAAACUAUUAGAAGAAAUAAAAUUUUAAGGAAUACUGCACAGCUUUUUAAGAGACCCUCUAGAACGCCAGGUUUUCUAAACGGUAAGUGUUGUCUUGGGUUUUAAAGAUAAACCAUAUGUUAUUAUGAUGCUACCAUCCCUACCUAGUAGAUCCCAGCUCCAAUGGAUUAUCACGUUAGCACUUCGGCUAAAUAUAAAUUACUGCGGGCAGCUAUAAUUUCUGCCUUUUUGUUGUAGUGGACAAAUAAAUUUCUUCACUUUUUGAUGACGACGACAACAAUAACAAUGGGGUCAUUGUAAUAAUGAUAAUACCUUGAUCAUAUGAUGAAGAGCAAAGAUGAUUAUGAGAUAAUAUAGAUGAAAGUUAUCAUGAUCAAAGGAUAAUGAUGAUUAUGCUGAAAAUGAUGCUGAAAAGAUAACUCUAACACAUUGCUUAAGGCAUUGGCCAAAGCAGAACUGGCUCACUGUAAUAAACGAAAACGACCUACUGGUUCAAACACAAUUGGUUAUAAGAGAAAUGAUAACGCUCGGUUUUAAUGUUAUUGUAAACUCUACAAUUGUUGCCAUUGGUUGCCUAAGCUCCCUUAUUAAGAUGAUAUUCACAAUGGUCCAGUUAAUAAUGAAAAAAUUAAGGUAGCAGUGUUGAUUAAGUGAAGUAAAGUGAAGAUAGUGUGAUAGUGAUAGUAAUAAUAAUGUAAUCAUUUAAUACGAAUAUUGUUGCAGUAAAUAGACGAUCAAAAGAUACAAAGAAUAAGAAAACAAGACGUGAACUCACAAGCAUAAACAAAGCGUCUCCAGUAGGUAUGUGAUUUCCUUCAGAAGGAAUCGAAAGGAUUAUUAUCUAUUGCUUAGUUGCAUUCUGUUUUAUUUCAGAUUCGAGUAAACCAAAGAACGAUUACAUAGCAAAAAGUAAGAGCCAAACAUUUCACUUUCUUACUAUUAUAGCAUUGUGUAAGCUUCUGGGGAAAAGUUUUGCAAACUAAUUUCAGUUUUUGUUCCUUUUUCAGAUAACCAUGUAAAGAAAUCAGGCCUUCCAAAAGGUAUGGAUCAAAGUUAUCCAUCACCAUGGUUACUUUAGGUGCUCAGGAAUAUACAAGACUGUUUUCCGGAAAAAUUAAUGCAUGUGGACUCAAAUGAACCUUAAAUAAUAGACGUGAAUAAAAUGCGAAUAAAAUUUUGACUUCGAAAACAUGUUUUGCUCUUUUUUUAGUUUUCUCUCAUUACGUUCGCGAAAAAACUUCUAACAGCUAAGGCAUGGUACAGAGUGGCGGUUUUAUAUGUGUUUAGAAUUUCUUGGCACUUGAAAAAUGUUCGUUGAAGAAAAGGCUUUAACACCUAGAGAUAGCAACAAUUACCUUUCUUUAUAUAACUUUUGCCUUCAACAGUUUGUACUGACGAAGCUAGGAUUGAGUCGAAUAUAAUGACAAAAUUGUUUUCUUGUUGCCUGUGACUACCUCGCUAUAUUUUCCUAUUAUCCAAUUCGUUCAGUUCACUCGCAAAAAUAUUCCCGUAAAAUGAUGUAACAUUUUAAGAUGAACUAACGCUAGUAAACCUCUUUUCAAACUUAAAUUUGAGUAAUAAGAUGGCCAUUUAAAAAAACUGACGUUUAACCCUGUUACUAGUGAUAAGUAAACAUUCGACACUUUCUAAUACGGAUAUUGUCACGUAAUAUAACAAUGCUUGCCCUACUUCAUUUAAUUUAGUGAGGGCUAAGUUAAAAUUAAAGUAAACCCAGUAAUUUCAUUUAUUUUUAAUUAAUGGCAGGAAACAAAAGGAACACAAGCCGGGGCUCGAGGAACAAAAUAAAUUCAGAGAUAGAGAAUCUGUUAACAAAGUUCCUUAUUGUCCUGUAG